AUGUCAAACAACGCAUAUUCGGAUCUAGAGGUUGCUCCAGGCAGGGCUCCUGAACUCGUUCCCGAUAAUGGCCCUGAAGUUGUGCCCUCAUACUACUACAAGGAAAAUGACAACAACGUACAAGUAUCAGCUCCAGAGAAACAGGGAACCAUUUCCGUUGCUGGAGGAGUGGCGGGCGGCCUUGCCAGCAGAGCCAAUUAUUCUUCAAGUUCUUCAAAUAAAGAAGCCAACAUGGACAUAUCUUCAACGUCUUCAGCCUCACCGCCUUCGUCGCCUUCCUCAUCUCCUACUCCUACCACCACCUCGGCCCCGACGAUAUCAAUAUCAACUGUAGUCCUCCCUACGACUAUCCUUCUCCGCGACUGUCCCUCUUCCAAUGACACAACAUACAGUGUAUCAUACGGCGAUGAAGAGCCGCUCACGUUUCGCAAGUAUUGUACUGCAGGCUUUCGCCAUGUUCUCAAUGGCGUCGACGUGGUCAACGAGCCAACACAGAGCUUGAAUGACUGUAUAAAUGCAUGCGUCAAUUACAACGACAAGAAUAAGACGGCCAUUUCUACCGGGAAUAACCAAACUUGCAAUGUCGUAUGUUGGCGAAGUAAUGAGCAACUGGACAACAUCAACCAGAUUCCUGGACAAUGCUUCGGAUACACGACACUCAACAUAUCGGCGGGUUUCGCUGUCACUGACGAAGUGAUUUGUGACUCAGCAGCUUGGAUUAACCAAAGGGAUCUGUAA